AUGAACUCGGUACGCGUUCUCGUUCGACAGGCAGCAACGUCCACAGUUCGCCGUACUGCCAUUUCUCGGCGCGCCUUGCACGCAUCGCCAGCCAGCAUGUCCGACGCGCUGUUUGUGCAUCGUGACACGCCCGAUAACAAUGCCAACACUCCUUUCGAAUUCAACACGGAGAAUAAGAGCCGCAUUGAGGAAAUCUUGAAAAAGUAUCCUUCCCAAUACAAGAAGGCAGCCAUCAUGCCUCUUUUGGAUCUUGGUCAGAGACAACACGGUUUCACCUCCCUUUCGGUCAUGAACGAAGUUGCUCGCUUGCUCGAAGUACCACCCAUGCGUGUAUAUGAAGUUGCUACUUUCUAUACCAUGUUCAACAGAAACCCUGUAGGCAAAUACUUUUUGCAGCUCUGCACCACUACACCUUGUCAAUUGGGUGGUUGUGGCUCGACCAAGAUUUUGGAUACGAUCACCGAACAUCUUCAAAUCCAACCGGGUGAGACCACCAAGGACGGUAUGUUCACGCUUGUCGAAGUCGAAUGCGCUGGCGCCUGUGUAAAUGCUCCUGUGAUGGCCAUCAACGACGAUUACUAUGAGGAUCUUACUCCUGAAACGACCAAGAAGCUUUUGGACAACUUGAAGAACAACAAGUCCAUCACACCUGGUCCUCAGACAGGUCGUCACACCUGUGAGCCUGCUCCUGGUGUUUACACCACUUUGACCGAAGAGCCCUACGGUCCUGGCUUCAAGGUUCGCUCGGAUUUGUAA